AUGGCAGCAGGAUAUGAAACAACAUCAACUGCUUUGGCCUAUGCAACGUAUGAACUUGCCAGACAUCCAGAAGUUCUCCACAAACUUCAGGCUGAAAUUGAUCAACUUCCAUUAGACAAUGAUGAUAUGUCCAACGAAGAGACAAAAAAAUAUCUCGAUUAUGAUAUAGUCGCUCAGAUGAAUUACAUGGACAUGUUCGUUUCUGAGGUCUUGAGAAUGUAUCCCAUUGCAAAUACAGUCAUUCAAAGACGUGCCUCCGAAGAUACGGUCGUACAAGGAAUUCAAAUUAAAAAAGGUACCCUAGUACAGGCUGAUGUCUAUUCGGUCCAUUAUGAUCGUGAACUUUGGGGUCCUGAAGAUCCGUACGUCUUCUUUCCUGAGCGUCAUCAAACAAAACGUCAUCCAAUGGCUUAUCUACCGUUUGGAGCGGGACCACGACAUUGUAUUGGCAUGCGCUUUGCAUUGAUCGAGAUGAAGAUUCUACUAGUGAGACUACUUCGCGAGUAUUCAAUUCUGCCAGGUGAACAUCUCGAAAGCAAAUUCAACAUCCGUGAACGGGCAGUCAUCACACCGGAAGAAGUUUGGGUCAAACUAGUGAAAAGAAGUGAUUGA